AUGCAUCCCACAAGACCCCCAUUUCGGGGUGGAGCUUCUUUCCACAUGCCUCAUGGUGGCCGUGUGCCUGAGGCUCAGCCGCAGUUGCCUAUGGGUGAAGAAGACACUGCAUUUAGUAGGGGACGGUCCUUUCCUUCAACUGGCAGGAUGCAAGGAGUACGGGAGGUGGUGCAGCAAUCACCAGCAUGUGAGCAGCAGGAGUCUUCUGUAUCUGCUCCAACUCUGGCCUCUAUGUUCCGGGGACUCGGUUUUGAAACAGCCCCUCGGCUUCCUUUAGGUCGAGGCAUAUUGGGCAGAGGGAUGGGUGAUGCUGAUAUCAAGCCCAAAGUGCAUUUAUCAGCACAGCGUAUACAUACACAUACAGAGUUGAGAGCAGGGCCAGCUCGACACAGCGAGGUGGAGAGGACACUUCUGGGACGUGGCACAGUACCUAAUCAUGGGGAAAGUGAAAUCCCUGGUUUUGGACUUGGAAGAGCAGCCUUGGGAUUUGGUGGGGGCCACGCAGACCUCUUGGCCUUGAGGUUGAGUGUUGUGCAAUCAGCACCAUUGGAGCAGCCCAAACCAGAGACUCCUUCAGCAGCUUCUGACGAGCAUAUAGAGAAAAAAGAACUACUAAUGAAGCAAGGCUCGAAAGGAGUAUCGGUCCCCUUGGCAAUGAAUCUGAUUAAAAUACACUGUCAAAACGAAGCUGUGUACCAGUAUCAUGUGACAUUUAGUCCUAAUGUGGAAUGCAAGAACAUGCGUUUUGCGAUGUUAAAGGAACAUAAAUCCGUGACAGGAGAAGUUACUGCAUUUGAUGGCUCUAUUCUCUACUUGCCUAUCAAGUUGCCUCAAAAUGUAGAUUUGAAGUGUCAAAGGAAGACAGAUGGGGUGGAGAUCAGUGUAAAGAUUCAGAUGACCAAAAUUCUGGAGCCUAGCUCGGACUUGUGCAUUCCAUUUUACAAUGUUGUUUUCCGAAGGGUGAUGAGAAUUUUAGAUAUGAAACUUGUUGGGAGGAAUUUCUUUGACCCCACCAGUGCUACUGUGCUGCAGCAGUACAGGUUGCAAAUAUGGCCUGGCUAUGCAGCCAGCAUACGAAGGACAGACGGGGGGCUGUUUCUCUUGGCUGAUGUUGUUCACAAGGUUAUCAGGAAUGAUUCUGUUCUGGAUUUAAUGCAUGCAAUUUACCAGCAGAGUCGAGAGAACUUCCAAGAUGAGUGUACAAAGCAGCUAAUAGGCAACAUUAUAAUUACCCGUUAUAACAACAACACUUACCGUAUUGAUGACAUUGACUGGAAUAAGACACCAAAGGACAGUUUUACCAUGUCUGAUGGGAAGGAGAUCACUUUCAUAGAGUAUUACAGGAAAAACUAUGGGAUAACAAUCAGGGAGCUUGACCAGCCGCUGCUGAUUCACAGACCCAGUGAAAGAAAGAAUCCUCCGGAGAAGCUACAGAAGGGUGAAAUCCUGCUGCUGCCAGAGCUCUCCUUCCUGACUGGAAUUCCUGAGAAGAUGAAGAAAGAUUUCAGAAUUAUGAAGGAUCUUUCCCAGACGAUCAACUUGAGCCCUAAGCAGCACCAUAUAUCUCUAAUCAAGCUUCUCAGCAGAAUUGAGGAGAAUGAGGCUGCCUGUAAUGAGCUCUCACAGUGGGGACUUCAUUUGGACGAUGAUGUUCAUAAGGCAGAAGGACGUGUUCUCCCAAGGGAAAGAAUCAACCUGAAGAUGAGUUCCUCCAAUACUUCAGAGGACCUAAACUGGACCAAAGAAGUAACCAGAGAAGCCUGCAUCUCUGCAAUUCCAAUUCAUUACUGGAUACUGCUUUAUCCAAAGCGGACAGUGGAGCAAGCACAUGAACUAGUCAGCAUGAUGCAGAAGGUCUCUGGCCCACUUGGUAUCCAGUUAACCCCACCUGCUUGCGCAGAAUUGAAGGAUGACCGAAUAGAGACUUAUGCCAGGGCCAUCAAAUCAUUACUAAGUGGUGAGGGCACUAUUCAGUUGGUAGUUUGUAUUAUCACUGGGACCAGAGAUGACUUGUAUGGGGCCAUUAAAAAACUCUGCUGUGUACAGUCUCCAAUUCCUUCUCAGGUUAUUAAUGCUCGAACCAUUACAACCCAGCCAAACAAACUUAGGAGCAUAGCACAAAAGAUACUGCUGCAGAUCAAUUGCAAGCUAGGUGGAGAGCUCUGGAGUGUUUACAUCCCUUUGAAACAGUUGAUGGUGAUUGGCAUGGAUGUGUAUCAUGAUCCCAGCAGGGGUAAGCGCUCUGUGGUUGGCUUUGUGGCAAGCAUCAAUCACACUUUGACAAAGUGGUACUCCAGGGUUGUAUUCCAGAUGCCUCAUCAAGAAAUUGUAGAUAGCCUGAAGGUCUGCCUGGUGGAUGCCUUGCGGAAGUUCCACGAGGUCAACCACUGCCUCCCUGAGAAGAUAGUGGUUUACAGAGAUGGAGUGUCAGAUAGUCAGCUGAAAAUGGUAGAGAACUACGAAAUUCCACAACUGGAGAAAUGCUUUGAAGCUUUUAAGAAGUAUGAGCCUAAAAUGGCGGUAUUUGUGGUUCAGAAGAAAAUCAGUGCCAACAUCUAUUCGGCAGCCACUGAUCACUUCACAACUCCUUCUCCGGGUACAGUGAUAGACCACACAAUCACCAGCCAAGACUGGGUGGAUUUUUACUUGAUAGCUCACUAUGCGCACCAAGGCUGUGGUAUCCCUACUCACUAUGUCUGUGUAAAGAAUACUGCCAAUCUCAGUCCUGAUCACAUGCAGAGGCUGACUUUCAAGCUUUGCCACAUGUACUGGAAUUGGCCAGGAACUAUCAGAGUGCCAGCCCCCUGCAAGUAUGCUCACAAGUUGGCCUUUCUCUCGGGGCAAGUUCUGCACCAUGAACCAGCGCUUGAGCUUUGUGAGAAACUCUUCUUCCUGUAGCUCUUCCAGCAGCUGUCUUCAAGGGAGCACAGAGAAUGCUGUCCUAGAAGGUCAAGAUGAGA